AUGCUGCACCUGAAAGUCCAGUUUCUGGAUGACUCCCAGAAGAUCUUCGUAGUUGAUCAAAAAUCCUGCGGAAAAGGGCUGUUCAACCUCACCUGCAGCCACCUCAACCUUGCAGAGAAGGAGUACUUUGGGCUGGAGUUUUGCAGCCAGGCUGGGAACCACGUCUGGUUGGAACCACUAAAACCCAUAACAAAACAAGUCAAAAAUCCUAAGGAGAUUCUUUUCAAAUUUAUGGUGAAAUUUUUCCCAGUGGACCCCGGCCAUCUGCGAGAAGAGCUGACCAGGUACCUCUUCACCCUCCAGAUCAAGAAGGACCUGGCACUGGGGCAGCUGCCCUGCAGCGACAAGAGUGCGGCGCUGCUUGUCUCCCACCUGCUGCAGUCCGAGCUGGGUGACUUCCACGAGGAGACAGACCAGCAGCACCUGGCGACCCACAGGUACCUGCCCAACCAGGAGUACUUGGACAACAAGAUCAUGCACUACCACCGGCGACACGGAGGGAAGACGCCGGCCGAGUCGGAUGUUCAGCUGCUGGAUGUGGCCAGGAAGCUGGAGAUGUACGGGAUUCGCCCGCACCCCGCCAGCGACGGCGAGGGGACGCAGAUCAACCUGGCUGUGACGCACAUGGGGGUGCUGGUCCUGCGGGGCAAUACAAAGAUCAACACGUUCAACUGGUCCAAAAUUCGCAAACUGAGUUUCAAGAGGAAGCAUUUUCUCAUCAAGCUCCAUGCAAAUAUCUCUGCGCUGUGCAAGGACACACUGGAGUUCACCAUGGCGAGCCGGGACGCCUGCAAGGCAUUCUGGAAGACUUGUGUGGAGUACCAUGCCUUCUUCAGGCUGUCUGAGGAGCCCAAAUCAAAGCCCAAAGCCCUCCUGUGCAGCAAGGGCUCCAGUUUCCGCUACAGCGGGAGGACACAGAGGCAGCUGCUGGAGCACCAGAGGAAGGCGAAGAUGAAGAGUUUGCCCUUUGAGAGGAAGCACUACGCGUCCCGCUACGAUGAGAGGCAGUGCCGCUCCUCCCCGGACCUCCUGACAGACAUCUCCAAGCAGACGUUCGCCGCUGAGCUGGAGCGCUCCAAGCCUGAAGCAUCCCCCACUUUCCUGCCCCACUCCAAAAGCUCGUCUGCCUUCCCCCUGCUCUACGCCGAGCUGGAGCUGGAGCGGGCAUGGGAGCCCACUGACCUCUUUGGUGCCAGGAACCCGUUGACAUCCUUUCGGCCCCACCACCAGUUUUCUGGGAACAGUAAAAGCCCCUCGGUGGGCAACAUGCGGGAGGUGAGUGCCCGGCCGCUGGUGUACAUGGACGUGCCGUGCCCCCCACCCAUGGCCACCCCAGCCCCUCAGGUCCUCUUCUAUGUGGACAGAGCCCCGCAGCCCCCAUGUCAUGCACCGGUGCCCAGCGAGGAUGCAGAGCAGCCUCCCAAGCGGUCUUGGAGCCAGUCAGACAUGAAAACCAUCCGCUUCCCCUACGGCUCCGAGUUCAGGCCCCUGGGGCCGUGCCCCGCGCUCAGCAGCCGCAAAGCCACCGUCUUUCGGCACGCGCCAGCCCAGCCAGGGCUGGCGCCGGGGCUGCGGCGCUCUGCCGAGCGCUACGAUGUGACUGCAAGGAGAGGGCAGCUCAGUAAAUCCAUGGAUAAGAAACCACUGUGA